CGCUGCUCGCUUCCUUGUGUUCUUUCACGCUCUCAGCAGAGGAGCGCUGUAAGGAAGGACGGCCAGGUGCACAAAGCCCUCAGCGCUUCCAGCCUUCUGCUCACUUCCUGCAAACAGCUCCAGGAACCUGUGCCUCGGCGGGAGCCAUGGCAGGCGACGCAGUGCUGCUAGCUGUGGUCUCCGUCCUCUCUGCGUGUCAGCAAGGUUACUUUGCUUGGCAAGUGGGAAGGGCAAGAUUAAAAUGCAAAGUGAUGCCCCCAGCGGUCACCGGUUCUCUGGAUUUUGAGAGAGUGUUUCGAGCACAACAAAACUGUGUGGAGUUUUACCCCAUAUUCUUGAUCACGCUGUGGAUGGCUGGAUUAUAUUUCAACGAAGUUUUGGCUACUUGUUUGGGUCUGGUGUACCUAUAUAGCCGCCAAAAGUACUUCUCGGGAUAUUCACAAGCUGCUGAAAAAAGGUUGGGUGGUUUCCAGUUGAGCUUGUGCACUUUGGCCUUGUUGACAGGCCUCAGUGCCCUGGGGAUCGCAAACAGCUUCCUGAGUGAAUACCUGGGCCUCCAUGUUGCCAAGAGACUGAAGCGAUACUUCUAACUUUUCCCUUCACUGUCAUGUGUGCCCACGCUAUUUCCACUCUGAAGCUAACAUCAUGUUGCUUGUUAAAUAA